AGUAUUUUUGUACAAGUGUGACGAGCGGACGGGCUGGGAAAUAUGUCAGGAGAAACAGUAAUUUUAGCGUACUCCGGUGGCCUGGACACUAGCUGCAUUCUGAAGUGGUUGUUGGACAAGAAGUAUGAGGUCAUCUGUGUCCUAGCCGAUGUUGGUCAAAAGGAGGAUUUUGCCGCCGCUGAGAAGAAGGCCAUCAAAAUUGGAGCAAAGAAGGUAAUCGUGGCCGAUGUUAAGCAGAGCUUUGUGGAGGACUAUAUCUGGCCGGCCAUACAGAUGGGCCUCGUCUACGAGGAGCGCUAUCUCCUGGGCACUUCCCUGGCACGACCAUGCAUCAGUGUUGCCCUAAUGAAGGCAGCACGGGAGUGCGGAGCGAAGUACCUUGCGCACGGAGCCACCGGAAAGGGCAACGACCAGGUGCGCUUUGAGUUGUGCGCCUACGCCCUUAAACCGGAUCUUAAGAUCAUUGCUCCCUGGCGGGAUGUUGAGUUCUGCCGUCAGUUCCAAGGACGCCAAGAUCUGAUUGCCUACGCCCAAGAGCAUGGAAUCGAGGUCAGCGCCAAGCCUGCCACUCCUUGGAGUACCGAUGCCAACAUCCUUCACAUCAGCUACGAGUCCGGAAUCCUCGAAGAUCCGAACACGGUGGCUCCGGACAGUCUCUAUGAGAUUACCGUCGAUCCCUUGACCAAGGCUCCAAGGAAUCCGGCUCGCUUGGUCAUCGAGUUCGAUCGGGGACUGCCCACCAGUGUAGAGGAUUUGGCAAGCAGUCGUGUUUAUACACAACCCCUGGAGAUGCUGGAUUUCCUCAACCAACUGGGCGGAUCAUACGGGAUCGGGCGGAUAGACAUCGUUGAAAAUCGGUAUGUAGGUCUAAAGUCGCGCGGGGUUUAUGAAACGCCCGGCGGCACUAUCCUGUACGCUGCUCACCAGGACCUCGAGGUAUUCGCUUUGGACCGCGAAGUACUCCGUACCAAGCAAGUAUUGCGGGAUCGCAUGGCCGACUAUGUGUACAAUGGCUUCUGGUUCAGUCCGGAGGCGAUUUAUGCCCGUAAAUGCAUUGAGUUGGCCGAGCAUCGGGUCUCCGGAAAGGUGACAGUGGAGUUGGCACCCGGCUACUGCCGCGCCAUUGCUCGGAAGGCGGCUAAGAAUGUCGGAGCUCUUUACAAUGAACAGCUCGUAUCCAUGGAUGUCCAUGGUGGCUAUGUGCCGCAGGAUGCGGGUGGCUUUAUCGCUAUCAAUGCAGUCCGUAUUCGGGAACAUGUCCGUGCAUUUGGCGCCUACGAAGUGCCAAAGCAGGAUAAAUGAACCGUAAUUGAGUGCUUUGAAAAUUGAUUUUCCACUCUUUUUUGAAAGUUUAUUUUAUUUUAUGGAUUUAUUUCUGUGACUUUUGCAUAAGGAAUAUAUUGAUAUAGAAGAAAUGCAAAAUCCAAAAUAAAAAAUACUAAAGAAAAG